AUUGUACCCCCAAGGCAUUCUAAAUCAUUGGUAUUAUGGCAUCACCCUUGCUCUUCCUCCUGUUACUCCAGUCUUUUCUUGUUUCUACUUCUGCUUCUUCCACCACUUCUUUACUUAAUCAAACAGAAACUCUUCUCAAAUGGAAAGCCAGUCUUGACAGCCAAAGCCAAAGCUUCUCUUCUUGGGUUGGGGAUAACCCUUGCAACUGGGUUGGAAUUGCUUGUGAUAGACUUGGAAGCGUCACCAACAUAAGCCUUUCAAAUUUUGGUCUCAAAGGUACACUUGACAACCUUAACUUCUUGGCCUUCCCCAAUCUAAUUUACUUUGAUCUUGGUAAUAAUUCACUUUAUGGGGUCAUUCCUUCUGACAUCGUUAACCUGUCCAAACUCACUUUUUUCAGUUUAUCUGCCAAUAAUUUUUCUGGAAAUAUUCCCAAGGAUAUAGGAACGUUGAGUUCGCUGGCCGUACUAGCCCUUGCUAGGAACCAACUUAGUGGUUCACUUCCUGUUUCUGUCGGAAAUUUAAGCAAUUGUCAACAUAUUUGGCUUUAUUAUAAUAAGCUAUCUGGUUCUAUUCCUAGUGAAAUAGGAAGAUUGAGUUCAGUUAUUGACCUUCACCUUGGAGGCAAUUCCUUAACCGGCACAAUCCCAGCAUCUAUAGGAAAUUUAAGCAAUUUAAAAUAUCUUAACCUUUCUACCAAUCAAUUAUCUGGUUCUAUUCCUAGUGAAAUAGGAAGGUUAAUUUCACUUAGUGAACUUCGCCUUCAUGGAAAUCAGCUAUCUAGUUCUAUUCCUAGUGAAAUAGGAAGGUUAAGUUCACUUCAUUUGCUUGAGCUUCAGGAUAAUCAGUUAUCUGGUUCUAUACCUCCAGAACUCGGGAUGACAAGAUAUCUUACUAGGCUUGAUUUGUCCAGUAACUCCUUAACUGGUAUGAUCCCGAAAGCAAUGGGAAAUCUUAGCCAUUUAGUACAUCUUUACCUUUAUGCGAAUGAGCUCUCUGGUUCUAUUCCUCGUGAAAUAGCAAUGAUUCAAUCACUUUUUGACUUGCAGUUGUUAGGAAAUAAUCUCACAGGUACUAUACCGAAUGUCAUAGGAAACCUAGCCAAUCUACACUCUUUUCUCCUCGGUGAUAACAUGCUUUCUGGUCCAAUCCCAGCUUCCAUAGGAAACUUGACAAGACUUACUAAUUUACAGCUUAGAAGUAACUCUUUGUCUGGUCGCAUUCCAGUAGAAAUGAAUAACCUCACUGUCUUGGAAUAUUUACAAUUAAGUGAUAAUCAACUCACUGGCCGUGUACCUGACAACCUAUGCCUUAGGGGCUCACUCAAAUAUUUGGCUGUCAGCAGAAACCAUUUAAUUGGUCCCAUCCCAAUAAGUUUGAGAAACUGCACUAGCUUAUACAGGGCAAGGCUUGAAGAGAAUCAACUUGAAGGAAAUAUAUCAGAAGCUUUUGGCAUAUAUCCCAUCUUGGAUUUUAUUGAUUUGAGUGAUAACAAGUUGUACGGUGAACUUUCUCCAAAUUGGGGUCUAUGUCAAAACCUCACAAGCUUGAAGAUCUCCAACAAUAAGGUAUCUGGUAGGAUACCUCCUGAGCUAGCUCAAGCCACUCAAUUGACUCGGCUUGACCUCUCUUCAAAUCAGCUGAGUGGGGAGAUUCCUAAGGAAAUAGGCAAGCUGACAAGCCUGGUUUAUCUCUUGCUGAAUGACAACCAACUCUUAGGCAGAAUCACACCAGAGAUAGGAAACCUAGUAAAUCUGCAACAACUCAUCUUGGCAAAGAACAAUCUGGUUGGACCAAUUCCCGAACAACUUGGGAAUUGCUUCAGGUUAUUACAAUUGAACCUGAGCAACAAUCUACUUGGGGAAAGUAUUCCACCUGAAAUAAGCAAAAUAUUUGCCCUUGAAACCCUUGAUUUGAGUUGGAAUUUGUUAACAGGAGAGAUUCCACAAGAGCUUGGAAGAUCACGUGUGUUGGAAACGCUGAAUCUUUCUCAUAAUAUGCUCUUCGGUUCCAUUCCCCCUACUUUUGAUGACUUGAAGAGCUUAACAUAUGUUAACAUCUCUUAUAAUCAGUUAGAGGGCCCUAUCCCACUUACUAAAGGUUUCCUUCGUGCCCCAUUUGAUGCUCUUAGAAACAAUAAAGGCCUCUGUGGCGAUAUCACUGUUCUCCCGCAUUGUGUAUCCAAAAGCCAGAAGAAAAGUAGCAGCGGACUUGUAAUUUUAAUCAUUACACCAGUUUUGGGCGUUCUAUCUCUGUUAUUUAUCUUGGUGGGGUGUUUACUUCUUAUUCGUCGCAAAAAAUCUGAGAUAAAAGAGCGCCAAUUUCGGGAUAUAUUUGCCAUAUGGGGAUAUGAUGGGGAAAUCCUCUAUGAAAACAUUCUUGAAGCUACAGAGCAAUUCAACUCCAACUAUUGCAUUGGCUCAGGAGGAUAUGGAAAUGUUUACAAAGCUCUGCUGCCAACUGGUCGAGUUGUUGCGGUUAAGAAACUUAACCCAUCAGAUGACAAUCAAUCCAUCAAUUUGCGAGCAUUUGAAAGCGAGAUUUGUGCUUUAGCGGACAUACGACAUCGUAACAUUGUCAAGUUGUAUGGUUUUUGUUCUAAUGCAGAGUAUUCAUUCCUGAUCUACGAGUUUGUAGAAAGGGGGAGCUUGAGGACAGUUUUGAGCAACCCAGAAGAAGCGGCAGAGUUGGAUUGGGAUAAGAGAUUGAACAUUGUUAAAGGGUUAGCGAGUGCUUUAUCUUACAUGCACCAUGAUCGCCUUUCACCAAUAAUCCAUCGUGACAUUUCUAGCAACAAUGUUUUGUUAGAUUUGGAUUAUGAAGCUCAUGUCUCAGACUUUGGCACAGCUAGGAUUUUGAAGCCAGAUUCCUCUAAUUGGACAUCCUUUGCAGGCACAUUUGGCUAUACAGCUCCAGAGCUUGCUUACACGAUGCAAGUAAGUGAAAAAUGUGAUGUCUAUAGUUUUGGGGUGGUAACAAUGGAAAUAAUUAUGGGGAGGCAUCCAGGUGAUCUUAUUUCAGAUUUGUGGACACCAAAUGGCCAGCAGAUGUUGCUAAAGGAUGUCAUAGACCAAUGCCUUAAACCUCAAAGGAGGAAUAAGGUGGCUGAGCAAGUGGUUGCUACCACAAAGCUAGCAUUUACAUGUUUGCAUUCCAAUCCUCAAUUUCGCCCCAUUAUGCAGAAGGUUUAUCAGGCUCUUACAAGUGGUCGACCAUCUCCAUUGCCAAAGCCAUAUUCAAUGAUAAGUUUGGGAGAUUUGAUUGGAGGUGGAAAUGGGAUGCAGGGCUGAGUUGCUUGGAUAUUUAUCAGAGUUCUAGGUUGUGAAGUCUAAUAAACAACUUGAAGAAACAUGGAUGUUUUAUCAGGUUUUCUAUCUACAUUCAACUUGAAGAUGAAUGGAACCACCUUUUUCUAUAAAUUAGGAAUGUAGUUAAGCUGCUUGCUGUGUGGACUACUGCACUCUUUUGUUUGUUGUAACUUAGGGUUUUAUUUUUAAUAAAAAAUUUGCUGGUGUAUGUAAGUUGCUACCAUGAACGUUGAACCAUCUAUGUAUUCAUUUGUCAUAAGUUAUAUGAGUUGAUGCAAAUUUAUUUUCAUUGAAUUUUAUGGUUUUAAUGUUGGGGUUUAUUACUAAUACAAUUUCCUCUUGUUU